CUCGACUUUUUUUCGUUUUCCAAAUUUUCAUUUUUAAUAUUUUAGGUAAGGUCUCUGAAGGGAACUAUCGGGUAUCGGCAAGCGCCGAGUAAACUUUCCCGCCGAGACACCGCCGAAAUUUUAUGCUUCAACUCAUCUACGUCAGGCUAAAAAGAAACGAAGACAGAGUGUUGAGUCAAUAAUCGAAGUCGCAGCCGGAUAUGUGGCAGUGGGAGAAUGCCACCGCCGGUGCCCUCGCCGGGUUUGCCACCGUCGCCGCCAUGCAUCCUCUAGAUGUCGUCCGAACCCGGUUUCAAGUUUAUGAUGGUAGAGGAUCGAAUCUCCCGACUUACAAGAACACGGUUAAUGCAAUCUUCACUAUUACUCGGAUGGAGGGCUUGAGAGGGCUAUAUGCAGGCUUCUAUCCUGCAGUUCUCGGGUCAACUGUUUCUUGGGGUUUAUAUUUCUUUUUCUAUGGAAGAGCCAAACAAAGAUAUUCUGACAAUGGAAAGAAGGACUUGAGUCCUAGUCUUCAUCUCGCUUCUGCAGCGGAAGCAGGAGCUUUGGUUUGUUUUUGCACAAAUCCAGUAUGGCUUGUGAAAACAAGAAUGCAGCUUCAGAGUCCUCUUCAUCAAGCUCAACCUUAUUCUGGGCUAUAUGAUGCCUUCAGAACCAUUUUGAGGGAGGAAGGUUUUGCUGCCCUUUAUAAAGGGAUUGUUCCUGGUCUUAUGCUUCAGGUUUCUCAUGGUGCCAUUCAAUUUACAGUUUAUGAAGAACUCCGUAAAGUUAUUGCCAACUCAAGGUCUAAAGGGACCAGAAUGGAUGCUCAAAGUUCUGGGGAAUUACUGAAUUCGGGUGAUUAUGCUGUUCUUGGAGGAUGUUCUAAAAUUGCUGCCAUGCUUCUGACAUACCCAUUUCAAGUUAUUCGAGCUCGGUUGCAGCAAAGACCAGGCAAUGAUGGGAUCCCAAGAUACAUGGAUAGCUUCCACGUUCUUAAGGAAACUGCACGGUUUGAGGGCAUUCGUGGGUUUUACAGGGGUAUUACACCAAACCUUCUAAAGAAUGUCCCAGCUGCUUCAAUCACAUUUAUUGUGUAUGAAAACAUCUUAAACUUGCUCAAACUAACAAGACAAAAGGAAUAAAACUCGUGGACGGAACUACAUUGCUAUUUCUUCAUUGCUGAAGCUGGAGGUAAGACACAGCAUUUGUUAACUAAAUCAUUUAUUGUCGAUUAGACCCCAAAAAAGUAAUUUAUUGUGGAGAAAGUUCACGUGUGAAAGAUAGAGACCUUCAAGGCUUGCUGCGUUCUCUCCUGUUGGAUGAAAUGGUCGCCUUCCAGUAUAGCAAGGAACUUGAGGGUCGGAUACAAAGCUCUUGAAUACAACUCCUUGCACAUAUUUUUUGGUUCCUGCUGAUUUGAAUCCAAUAUUUUUAUUACCGACUAAAUUUUUUGUUGGGAACUCUUAAUUUUGUUAUCCCUGCCCUGUUGCCGACAGAUCCCACAUCCCAGUUACUGUUACCAUAAUAUAAUGAGCAAGCUUCAUUUUCAAAGCAAUUUUAAACAAAUACUGUUGUUAUCCCCUUUGUACUCUUAGAAAAAUGACCAAAAAAAGAAAAAAAAGAAAAGGAAAUGUGAAUACAUUUUCGUUAUUGUUUACAUGUCCAUAGUAUGAUAGUUAAAUGAAAUGGACCCAUGAAGCUAAAUUUCUCAGAGUUAUCAGCGUUCACUUGGAGCUCCUCGUCAAUUAUUCAUGGUGGCAGCAGGAGCUGAGAUGGAUUCUUUAUUUGUUAUUAGCAGUCAUUUGUUCAAUGCCAUUAUGUGAUUAUACUUUCAAAUCCUCUCUGCUAACCCUGGUUCCUUCACAAAUAAGUCCAGAGGAGUAGUGCUAUGUCCUGUAGAAAAGGAAUGUAGAAAACAAUAUGUUUGUGCGGAACUGAAGCUGAACCACAUGAGAACCAUCUCCAGUUAAUUGUCUGAUAAAUGUUAAACUGUUUUAGUUUGUGGAUAUCUUGGAAAGUAAGAAACAGGUAAUGCCAUAAGGUCCUUACCUUAUCAAGUUUGAAAAAGCUCAUAUUCCAUCCGGCAACUGCUUCCCGAUAUAUUCCCAUCAUGAAUGCCUAAUUUCAGAACUCUUCAGAAUUAGCUGUUCCUUACUUCCCAAGAUCUCCAACUAUGAGAAAAUGGUGUAGGAAUUGAGGCUUGGUGGAGAUUCGAAAUCAUCCUAGCCUCUCAAAUCAUGGGCAAUGACGUGAUACCAAUGAUUUGCCGGAGAGGGUAUCUUGACAGCCAACAAUAUUGAAUCUUAGGGAAGCCAUGAAUCAACAGAACAGAGGUCUAGUUUCUUGCUCCGCUACUUGCGAUUAUAUUCUAUUGAUUUGGAGUCUCUAGUGUAUAAAUUUGUUGCUAUAAUUCCGAAAGUUUCCCUUAAUUGUCCACUAAACUAGCUAUGUACUUAUGACCUCAUUUGUUGACUUUGAUCGUGUAUGUAUAUAUAUGGGAAACAUUGUCAAAGAUUACAACCUUCGGCAAUUGUUGAA